AUGAGACUCUCCUACGCGGAUCUCCUGAACGCCACCGCCGGAUUCUCUGAGCAGAACUUGCUCGGAGCCGGGCGGUUCGGGUCCGUCUACAAGGGGAUCCUCGGCGUUGAACACGAUCAAACCCCCGUCGCGGUCAAGGUUCUUCACUUGCUCGUUAAAGGGGCCUCCAAGAGCUUCGCGGCGGAAUGCGACGCGCUAAGAGGCGCGAGACAUAGAAAUCUGCUGAAGAUAUUGAGCGUCUGCGAGAGCAUAGACUUUCAAGGGAAUGAUUUCAAGGCGUUGGUGUAUGAGUUCAAGUCCAAUGGAAGCCUAGAACAAUGGUUGCACCGUUGUGAUGGAGGCAGCAAGCUUAGUGUGAUGCAAAGGCUCAACAUUGCAGUUGAUAUUGCUCAGGCGAUCAAGUACCUUCAUUUGGGAACUGAUUCUGUGAUCAUCCAUGGUGAUUUGAAGCCGAGUAACAUUCUUUUGGAUGAGGAUAUGAGUGCUUGUGUGGGUGACUUUGGAUUAGCAAAGAUCGUAUCCAACAUGGUUUUAUCACAUGACAGCAGCAGCAGCUCCACGAUGAUCAGAGGUACCAUAGGUUAUGUCCCUCCAGAAUAUGGCAUGUCCAAUUCAAUUUCAACACAAGGGGAUGUUUAUAGCUUCGGGAUUGUUCUCUUGGAGAUGUUCGUGAACAAAAAACCAACUGAUGAUUUAUUUCAAGAUGGUUCCAAUCUCCACGACUUUGUUGCUGCAUCCUUGCCUGAUCGAGUCAUGGAAAUUGUCGAUCCAUCGCUAUUUCCAGCAGGAUUUGAGAUCACGAAUGAGCAGAUGAACUACGUGGCUUCUAUUCUAACCGUCGGAUUGUCGUGUUCGAAGGAGAUGCCUAAAGAUAGGACGUCGAUUGUAGAUGUUGUUAACGAAUUGUCUAUGAUACACAAGUUGUUUUCUACACGAAGAAGAUAGACAGAGACGGAGCCAAGCUUUAGAUUUGACUAGGCCUGUCUUAUCGAUCUUUUUUUCAAUUACCUAGCUAUAUUUAACUUGUAUUUUAUAAUUUUUUUAAAAAAAAUUGAAUAUAAAAUUGUAAUUUCAUUUAUUCAAACUUAUAUUAUUAAAUACUAGCUUCUGAGCUCCUGAACUUGUGUAUGUUCUU